AUGAGUAGUGCUUUUAGUGAAGAGAUUUUGAUUGAUAAACUCGCCAAGCUCAACAGUACUCAACAAUCCAUCGAAACUUUGUCACAAUGGUGUAUAUUGCAUCGUAGUGAAGCUGAGUUGGUGGUUACGACAUGGGAGAAGCAGUUUCAUAGUACAAAGAUUGCACAGAAAGUGCCUCUUUUGUACCUUGCUAACGACAUUCUUCAGAACAGUAAGCGUCAGGGUAAUGAGUUUGUGCACGAGUUUUGGAAAGUUCUCCCUGGGGCUCUCAAAGUUCUUGAUUCCUCGGGAGAUGACAGUGGAAAAGGCGUGGUCUCACGAUUGGUUAAGAUAUGGGAGGAGAGAAGAGUCUUUGGGUCCCGUUUGAAGAGUCUUAAAGAUGUAAUGCUUGCAGAAGAAGCUCCUCCACCGCUUGAUAUCAGCAAAAAGCGUUUACGGGGAUCCAAAUCUGGUAAACGGGAUUCAAAAUCCUCCAAAACGAAAUCAUCAAGUGGAGAUGUGACCGAGAAGAUAGUAUCUGCAUUCAAUUUGGUGCGUGCAGAGAACUCAAACGAAGAGACAGAGAUUAACAAAUGCAAGUCUUCAGUUAAACGCGUUAGAAAGAUGGAGAAAGAUGUUGAAGAUGCCUGCUCUACUGCAAAUGACCCGAGGAGAAAAACAUUGGCGAAAGAAUUGGAAGAAGAAGAAAACAUUCUGAGACAAUCUGUUGAGAAACUUAAAUCUGUUGAAGAGAGUAGAACAUCCCUCGUAAAUCAUCUUAAAGAAGCACUACGUGAACAGGAAUCUGAAUUGGAGAACCUUCAAUCUCAGAUACAGGUAGCGCAAGAGCAAACCGAAGAAGCUCAAAGCAUGCAGAAACGGCUCAGUGACGAAACACCACCAGUCAACAAUAACAACGGAGCAUCUGGUCAACCAGCGAAAGUCACGCCUGCCUCAAUCGCUGCAAUGGCGGAAAUGCUAACCUCAUCAACAAAUUCAUCAAUGAUAAUGCAUUCCGUUCUGUCUUCAUUCGCAGCCGAAGCUACACAGACUUCUGGUUUAUCCAAAUCAAAUAGCUCAGACACAAAUGCAUUUGCUCCUCCUCCGAAUCCUCAGUAUCAUAUGAUCCCAAACCCAGCUGCAUCGCAACAGUUUUUACCUUACGGAUAUGGUAACAUUCCGUUAAUGCCGCCUGGAUCGCUACCACCGCCUCCUGGACAGCUGCCGCUGCCGCCGCAUAUGAUGAGUAAUCAACCAAACUCAGCUCAGCAACAAGGUCAGAGUUUUCAGCCUCCGGGUAUGAUGUUCUAUGGACCAACAACACACCAUUCUUAA